AUGGUUCUCAGUUUGCCUUUGACUGCAGAUGUAGGUUCACAGCAUUUCUCUUUGUCUAGCUUUAAACUCCCACAGACUCUGACAUGUUUUAUUGUCUACUGUCCCGCAGGGCGUCAAAAGAUUGAUGGUAAAAAUGACUGUGAACUUUGCCCUCAAAGUACUUACCGCGAUGGCACCAAAGUCUUUGAGAAGUGUGACGGCUGUCCAGAGCAGAAAAUUUCUCCAGCGCCAGGUGCUACAUCAGUGGAAAACUGUACAUUAUACCGGUGCAAUGAAGGGGAGCAACCCAACAACUCAAGCAGCGGCUGCGAGCCCUGCCCUAGAGGGACCUACCAACCAGCCAGUGACCAGCCUAAAUGUCUAGCCUGUCCCUCAGGCACCAGUACCCCCCACACAGGGGCAGUCACCAAUAUUUCUUGUCAAGUCUACUGUCCAUCAGGGUCAGAAAAAAAUGGACAGGGCCAGUGUGUUGAGUGCUACAUUGGCUACUAUAAGGACAACACAAUCGAUGUCUUUAGCAACUGUACUCGCUGCUCUAAUCAGUCUUAUGUCACUUCUGGAAAUGCUUCCAUUUCCAACCAAAACUGUACCGUUUUGAACUGUCUUGAAGGCUAUAAAUCCAACUACACCAGCCACAGUUGUGUCCCCUGUCCCAAGGGAACUUACCAAGAUAAAAAGUACCAAAAUAGCUGCAUUGAAUGCCCUUUAAAUCACUCAACCAGGUUCACAAAUUCAACCAAAUUUUCUGAUUGUGAAACCUACUGCCCAUCUGGCCAGGAGAAAGUAAAUGGAACAUGUGUGCCGUGUCAACAAGGCCUCUACAAGGACAAUGACCAGGAUCUCUUCAUGUCAUGUGACCUGUGUCCCCCAGAGUUGAUUACACCAUCUACAGCCUCCACCUCCAAACAGAACUGUACACUUGGUAACUGUUCAGCUGGCUACUACAUCAAUGGAACUGGCUGCUCACCUUGUCCCAAAGGCCAAUACCAGGAGCUGCGCUGGCAAUAUAACUGUAGCCAGUGUCCCCCCAACAGAGACACAGAAUCUAUAGCAGCCAGUAGCCUGAGUCAUUGUUUACUAAACUGUUCAGCUGGGUAUGAGAACAAGAACGGCUCAGACAUUUGUAGCCAGUGUGACGUUGGCCAUUACAAGGAUGCACCUGGGGCCACCACAUGUAAACCAUGUGCUCCAGACCUGGGGGCCAACAACAUCACCAUCUCCCCCAGCCCAGGCGCAACAGACAAGAAAAACUGUUCCAAGUUGGUGUGUGUCGCUGGCUACUACCCUAGUGAAGGAAAGACUUGUCUCCCCUGCAGUUAUGGAACCUAUCAGCCCACUAGGUGGCAGGACCAGUGUCUGCACUGUGAUGGAGGCUACACAACAUACACGCUUGGUUCCAUACACAAGGAGGACUGUCAGUUAAACUGUAGUGUAGGUCAAGGACUAUACAAUGGGACCUGCAGAAACUGCAGCAUUGGCUUCUACAAUGAUAAACAAGAUCCUAGUGUGAGGGAUUGCAAGCAGUGCCCACCUUCAUUUAUAACAGAGACAGAAGGAGCAACAUCCGUCUCCAUGUGUACCAUAGUGAACUGUGACAAACUGGGCCAGUACAGAGAUGUUGCGACCAACACUUGUGUAGACUGUCCUGUGGGGACUUUUCAGGACUUGAUUAGACAAACGUCCUGUAAGACAUGUCCUGGCGGGACCACUACCCAGUUUACUGGCAGUGUUAGCCAAACUGAUUGCAAAAAGGACUGCCCCGCCGGUCAGCAGCUCAAUGAGGCCCUCAACAUUUGUCAGCCGUGUGAGAGAGGUUUCUACCGUCCAAAGUCUAGCUGGACUUGUCUACCCUGUGGCACUGACCUGACCACACCCAACCCUGGCGCCACAUCACAGGCUGAUUGCCACGUCCCCACCUGUGUGGCAGGCAAGUUCUACAGUGAUGCCAGCAAGUCUUGUCUAGAGUGUCCACUCCACUCCUACCAGGACCUGGCUGGUCAGCGGGACUGCAAGCCGUGUCCAGACAACACAGUGACCGCAAGCACAGGAACCACCAGCCUUACUGGCUGCCAAGCUCCUUGUGACAUUGGCAGUGGCACGAAAUGUUCUGUCAGCUCUGAGGCUUGUGUCAAUGACCUUUCUGUCAGUGAUGGUUACAGAUGUGAUUGUAAACCAGAGUACACCAACAUCAGCAACAAAUGUAUCCACAAGUGUGACACUGACUUCUGUGGACCUAAAGGUGUGUGCAGGAGGUCACCAUUUAAAUGUGAGUGUGUUGAAGGCUACUCCGGACCACAAUGCAACAUCAGACCAGAUGCAGCUGCCCUCUCAGACAAAGAAAAUCAGACCAUUUUGAUAGCUGUCAUCACAACAUUGGGUGGGAUCCUUUUCAUCAUUUUAAUUAUUGUCUGCAUUUGUGUCAUGUCAAGACGCAGACGGCCUAGUCAAAAGACCCCUUACACUUCUGAUCUAGAUGAAAGAGCCAGCAUUGCUACUCGUUCAAUGAAGGGUUUUGAAGACUAUCCAACAUUUGCUGUCAAUCCUGCUUUUUCUAGCAAGGCCCCAUCAAUGCUAAACAGCCCUAUGAUGGCCCUACCUUCACAGUCUGGGAAAACAUACUACAACCCCACUUUUAAUGGAGAUGAAGACAAUGAUCCAGCUGUCUACAGAGCUUAGUUCUACCAGAUCUUUCAACCAAUCAAACCAUCCCAUGAUGUUUUAUUGUUAGCCAAUCAUGUUAUCAGAUUUUGUAUCUUACUAUCCAUCCUAAUCAUCUCAAUCACCUGAGUAGAUUUGAAGCCAAGUAUUCAAGCUUAAACUUGGGCCAGCUAACUUUGUAUUCUCAGCAUAUUGUCACAAUUCAAUGUAUUUAUAUAAUUGAUCACUUACUUACCAUGUGUAGGCAGUUUGGGGGUGGGGAAGACUUGGAACAUCCAAACUAUACAUCCAGUGACAUCAAAGAAUUCCACAUUCACUGCUUGCCUCAAUAACAUCAAACCUUCAGAGCAUAUUCAGACAGUAAUGGUCUUUCUGAGUUAUAAGCAUGUCUAAAAUCUGCUGGGUCAAGUGAAAACUCUACACACACAGUGUUUAGAUCCAAAAAUCUGGUCCAGAUUUGCUCUGAAAGACUUGUAUGAUUCAAGAGGCUUGUGACCUCACUGUCAAACUGUCUCCUGCAAUUACCUCCCUUGGCUUCCUUUUUGUUUGAAAGUAAAAUGUAAACAGUCAUUAAUUAAGUUAAUUAGAAGGUCUAAUUGUCUUAUACUGUUGAUUCAGGUCACUUGAAAGUUGUCUAAUUAUUUUUAUGUAUAUUAAGUUAAUUAGUUUAUGUAUAUAUAGAGAAUUAUAUUAUAUACUGUUUAAAUUUUACAAAUGAAAUAUUUUAAUAAAAUACAA